AUGGGAUGCCUAUAAUACUUUUGAACUGGAUCUUACCAUACUGUCACAACCAUCCCCGAGAUCUGAAAGUUCCCUCGAAGAUCAGGUAGAGAACAUUGCAAGGAGGCGAUUUGAGCGGUACAAAGGUGGUUCAUCGCGGGAGAGGAACGCAUCCAACGCCGAGAGGCUUCAAUUGGAGCUUGCAUUUCGAACAUGGGUCGUGAGAUCAUCUCCAUCCAGGCAGGGCAAGCUGGAAACCAGAUCGGUGCUCAGUUCUGGCAAAAGCUUUGUGCAGAACACGGGAUCUCGCCUAAUGGAGAUUUAGAAGAUUGGGCAGCAGAAGGUGGUCAAGGAGAUCGGAAGGAUGUCUUCUUUUACCAAGCGGACGAUGAACAUUUCAUCCCGAGAGCUAUAUUAGUGGACCUAGAGCCUAGAGUCAUCAACAAUAUCCUUUCGUCGCCUUUCAAGGGCUUGUAUAAUCCUGAGAACAUAUAUGUCUCCAAGACUGGAGGAGGAGCCGGGAACAAUUGGGCUCAAGGCUACAGCGCAGGGGAAAAGGUGUACGAUGAUUUGAUGGAAAUGAUUGAUAGAGAGGCGGAUGGAAGUGAUAGCUUAGAGGGCUUCAACCUCAUCCACUCGAUCGCUGGAGGUACUGGGUCCGGACUCGGUUCUUUCCUACUCGAACGACUCAACGACCGAUUCCCCAAAAAACUCAUUCAAACAUACUCAGUCUUUCCGGGAGGAGCGGAUGUCGUCGUUCAACCAUACAACUCUUUACUAGCCAUGAAGCGUCUGGUGAACAACGCAGAUAGCGUGGUGGUUUUGGAGAAUGCGGCUCUGGCUCGUAUAGCAGCAGACAGACUACACAUACAAGAUCCGAGCUUUGUGCAAACGAAUCAAUUGGUGUCCACCGUGAUGGCUGCAAGUACCCAAACGUUACGGUACCCUUCGUAUAUGAACAAUGAUCUCGUCGGUAUCAUCGCCAGUCUUAUCCCAACGCCAAGGUGUCAUUUCCUCAUGACGAGUUAUACUCCAUUCACAGGGGAGGAGAUUGACAAGGCCAAAUCCAUUCGCAAAACCACCACCCUCGAUGUCAUGCGUCGCCUACUCCAACCCAAGAACCGAAUGGUAUCGACCACCUCGACCAAGUCCUCCUGCUACAUUUCCUGCCUGAACAUCAUUUCGGGCGAUGUCGACCCGACAGACGUCCAUAAAUCCCUCUUACGGAUUCGUGAACGUCAACUGGCCACUUUCAUCCCUUGGGGUCCGGCAAGUAUCCAAGUGGCAUUGACGAAGCGGCGCACGGCAGGUAACAGAGUCAGUGGAGUCAUGUUGGCAAAUCACACGAGUAUGGCUUCGCUGUUCAAACGCAUGCUGGAUCAGUACGAUCGAUUACGCAAACGAAAUGCCUUUCUGGAGGGAUACAAAAAGGAAGACAUGUUUGCCAACGGUCUGGAAGAGUUUGACGAUGCGAGGCGAGUGGUGGCAGAGUUGGCAGACGAAUAUUUGGCAUGUGAAUCUGCAGAUUACGUAGAUUACGGUACAUGAUGGAGGAGGCGGAGGAUGCGGAGGAGGCGGAGGAAGUGGAGGAAGUGGAGGAAGUGGAGGAAGUGGAGGAAGUGGAGGAAGUGG